UGAGGUUAAUUGCUUACGUGUCUAAAGCGAAGAAUAACGCAUUAAAAAUAACAGAAGAACAGAGUGAAUCAAUGGCAAACAAAUCCUGGAAUGUAUUGGUGACAGGGGGUGCUGGUUAUAUUGGUUCUCACACAGUAUUGGAAUUAUUGGAAACAGAUUUUGAGGUGGUGGUAAUAGACAACUUUAGUAAUACUUAUAAAGGAAAUGACAAUAUAAAACCAGAAUGCUUAUUAAGAGUAGAAAAAUUAACAAAUAAAAACAUUACAUUUAUACAAUGUGAUAUAACAAAUUUAAAUGAAUUACAAGAUGUAUUUAAGAAGCAUAAGUUUGAUUCUGUUAUACAUUUUGCUGCUUUAAAAGCUGUAGGUGAAUCUUGUGAAAAACCUUUAGAAUACUAUAAAACAAAUGUUUGUGGAACAUUGAAUUUAUUAAAAGUUAUGAGAGAAUUCAAUGUAAAACGUUUUAUUUACUCAAGUAGUGCCACAGUUUAUGGCAUUCCUGAAAAGCUACCAUUAGUUGAAAAUAUGAAAACUGGUGAUUGUACCAAUCCUUAUGGAAAAACAAAAUACAUGGUUGAAGAAAUUUUGAAAGACUUAUGCACUUCAGAUAAGACGUGGUCUGUUAUAUCUCUAAGAUAUUUUAACCCAGUUGGAGCUCACUCUUCUGGACAAAUUGGAGAAGAUCCUAAUGGAAUACCAAAUAAUUUAAUGCCAUAUAUUGCUCAGGUAUCUGUAGGUACAAGAGAAGUUUUAUAUGUAUAUGGUAAUGACUAUGAUACCCCUGAUGGAACAGGCAUACGAGACUACAUUCAUAUUACAGAUUUAGCUGUAGGUCAUGUAAAGGCAAUAAUUUAUCAAAAAAUUCGUAAUUCUACUGGAUUUAAAGCAUUUAAUUUAGGUACUGGAAAAGGAUAUUCUGUUCUUGAAGUUAUACGAGCAUUUGAAAAAGCAUCAGGGCAAAAUAUACCAUAUAAGAUAAUUGAUCGCAGACCAGGAGACAUAUCCAUUAGUUAUGCAGAUGCUAGUUUAGCUAACAAAGAACUAGGUUGGCAGGCCACUAAAAAUAUAGAUGAUAUGUGUUUAGAUACAUGGAGAUGGCAACAAAAUAAUCCAAAUGGUUAUAGGCGUUAGUAAUAAUUGAAAUAUCUGUUAUGAGAAAAUAUUAAUUAAUUUAAGCAAAACAUUUCAUUUGUACAUUCAGUUAUUUUAAACAUAAGCCAUGGUGGUGUCUGGUUACCAAAGUUUAAA